AUGGAUCGCCCAGACCAAGUGAGGAGCUGGGAGCAGUGGCUGCUUCAUUUCCAGGCUUUAACCACGGCCCAGAAAUCUAUAGACCGUGUUCUGGACAUAAAAGAAGAGGAGCAAUGGGGUGAUUCAGCUGUGAUGCCCUAUAAUGAUGUUACACUGCCGGAGAAGUUAUCAUUAAGUGGAGGUUGGGGACUGACCCAGUGGGAAGCACCUCCAGAGGAACAGCCCUCUGCACCUGCUCUUUCAUCAGAGGCCAUUACUACCCCAGUCACCAGGACUGUUGUGGAUGAAUCAGAAAACUUUUUCAGUGCCUUUCUGCCACCCGGAGAUGUCCCAAGUGUCACCAAAAGUCACGUAGUGUCUGUUCCUCCUUCCAAGUCACAAACGAGGCUACAAGAGACUGACGAGACGGACUCAGAGGAUGGAAAUACUGUCAAUCUUCAAAUGCCAGCUGAAAAUGAUAUUGAAAGUUCUGAAGUCCCCGAGAGUCGCCCAGCCGAGCCUACGUCCCCAGUCCACUGUCCGGACACUAUCCUCCUUCAGCCUGUCUCCCCAGUUUCUUUAUGCCCUGCUCUUGAACCCUCGAACUCAGACAAUGAUGAGACCAAAACGUGUGAAAUAGAAGUGGACAUAGACCUCUCAGUGGUUGCAAAGUCAGAGGAACCUCCAACUGAGGACACAGAAAAUGCAGAAGAGCCGCCCAAGCCGACAACGAUUCCUUCUGAUUCUAAUGACUCUGCUCCGUCUGAUCCAUCCCCACUUACGAAGGAAAGUGACCAAAAGGAAACAAAGCCAGAGGACCGUCAAAGCGACACUCCUUCUCCUCCAGUCAGUGCAUUUUCUUCUGGUACUUCCACGACCAGUGACAUUGAGGUUCUGGACCAUGAGAGUGUUCUGAGUGAGAGCUCGGCUAGCUCCAGACAAGAAACUGCAGAUGGCAAGGCUGGACUUCACUUAAUGCAAGAUGCGUUUGAGCGAAUAGACUCUUUCAGUAUGCAGUCCCUGGACAGCCGCAGUGUGAGCGAGGUGAACUCAGAUGAUGACGUUCCAGGCAGUCGGACUUUGGCAUCUGUCACUGCUGCUCCGUUAACUGCUGUGGAAGCAUCAGAGAGUCUGAAAGAGGAAGACAAAGGGAGAAAAGCUGAGGAUGAGGAUGAAGAGGAGGACUUUGGCAAUACUUUAAAGGAGCAGACUGUGGAUGAGAUGGAGGAAAGUGGCCGCAGUGCUACUCCGGUCAAUAGUGAUCAACUUGAAGAUUUGUUGGUCCAUGAGUCCGAGUCCAAUUCAACACUAGUGGAUUUAUACACACCAGAAGAAGACUCCUCUGGACCAAUCACAGUUGAGAUGAAGAGUGCAUCUACCUUUGAGAUACUGGAGCUCCAAAAGGUUGUUCAUGAGCUGACCACUCGCCUCGAGACCAGGGAGUCUCAGCUGCUGACUGUGAGUAAGGACAAGGCUCGACUGGAAGAGGAGUGUGACAACCUCAAAGAUGAGGUCUUGGGUCUUAAAGAAGAGAGCUCCACAGUCCAGUCCCUGAAAGAUGAGUUCACUCAGAGGAUCGCAGACACAGAGAGAAAGGCCCAGCUGGCCUGUAAAGAGAGAGACAUCGCCAAGAAGCCUCCUCUGUCCAAGCCUCCUCUGUCCAAGCCUCCUCUGUCCAAGCCUCCUCUGUCCAAACCUCCUCUGUCCAAACCUCCUCUGUCCAAGCCUCCUCUGUCCAAACCUCCUCUGUCCAAACCUCCUCUGUCCAAGCCUCCUCUGUCCAAACCUCCUCUGUCCAAGCCUCCUCUGUCCAAGCCUCCUCUGUCCAAGCCUCCUCUGUCCAAGCCUCCUCUGUCCAAGCCUCCUCUGUCCAAGCCUCCUCUGUCCAAACCUCCUCUGUCCAAACCUCCUCUGUCCAAGCCUCCUCUGUCCAAACCUCCUCUGUCCAAACCUCCUCUGUCCAAGCCUCCUCUGUCCAAACCUCCUCUGUCCAAACCUCCUCUGUCCAAACCUCCUCUGUCCAAGCCUCCUCUGUCCAAGCCUCCUCUGUCCAAGCCUCCUCUGUCCAAGCCUCCUCUGUCCAAGCCUCCUCUGUCCAAACCUCCUCUGUCCAAACCUCCUCUGUCCAAGCCUCCUCUGUCCAAGCCUCCUCUGUCCAAACCUCCUCUGUCCAAACCUCCUCUGUCCAAGCCUCCUCUGUCCAAGCCUCCUCUGUCCAAGCCUCCUCUGUCCAAACCUCCUCUGUCCAAGCCUCCUCUGUCCAAGCCUCCUCUGUCCAAGCCUCCUCUGCUCUCUACGCUUUUCCAUAUACUUUUGAAAGACACUGAUAUUGAAGCAUUUCCAGACACUUUGUAUAAAAUAUUGUAUAUUUUGUGUCACUACUGUCUUGAGAUAAAGGGCCUGAGGGAGGAGCUCUCUACAAGACUGAACUCUGUGAACACGAUGGAGAUAAUAAAGGAGAAGGAGGAGCAGAUCCGAGGCCUGUUGGAAGAAGGUGAAAAACUAUCCAAGCAACAACUACAGCACAGUAACAUCAUCAAAAAACUACGAGCUAAAGAAAAAGAGAGCGACUCGCGGAUCCUAAAACACGAGAAGAAGAUGAAAGAGCUGGAGGACGAGCUGGGACUGUUGCAGCAGGUUCUGGAUGGAAAAGAAGAGGUGGAGAAACAGCAUCGGGAAAACAUCAAGAAGCUAAAUGCAGUGGUCGAGAAGCAGGAGAGAGAGAUGAGUAAGCUGCAGGCGGACUCUGAGGAGCUGCAGGAGACCAGCCGAAGCCUACAGUCUGCUCUGGACAACUCUUACAGGGAACUGGCUGAGCUUCAUAAGGCAAACGCCAGCAGAGCAAGUGAGGCUGAAGAAGUGGCGCUGAGUCGGGAGAUUUGGGCCAAAGAACAACUGAGUGUGAGUCUAGAAAAGGCCCAGGAGGAGGCCCGGGCCCAGCAGGAGGCGCUGGCCGACCAGGUAGCAGAUCUCAGGUUAGCUUUACAGAGGGCGGAGCAGCAGCAAGCUCGGAAGGAAGAUUAUUUACGAGAAGAGAUCAGUGAACUUCAGCAGCGCCUCCAAGAGGCUGAGUCAAGGAACCAGGAACUCAGUCAGAGUGUGACUUCUGCCACUCGACCUCUGCUGCGUCAAAUAGAAAACCUUCAGGCCUCAUUAGGGGGACAAACUGCAUCAUGGGAAAAACUGGAGAAGAGCAUCUCUGAUCGACUAGUGGAGGCUCAGGCACAGUUGGCUGUUGCUGUGGAAAAGGAGCGCUCUGCUUCAGACGAGCUGCUGAACAUCAGGUCUCAGAUGGUUUCUCUGGAGUCGCAGAAUUCUUUACUUCGUCAGGAAAAGGCCAGAGUUCUGGCUCAGCUCGAGGCUGAGAAAAACAAAAAGGAAAAGCUGGAGGAUGAAGGCAGCAGGCACCUGGUGGAGCUGGAAAAUCUUCGAGGAGAACACAGUCGGAUUUUAGAGGAGACUAAGAAGGAAAAGCUGCUGUUGACCAAUCAGCUGGAGAUGGAGAGAAUGAAGGUGGAGCAGGAGAAGAAGAAAUGUUAUUUGGCCCAAGAGUCGCUGCGGGAAAAGGAACGGCUCCAGGCCCCGCCCUCCUCCACCCCCUCCCUGUCCCGCUCCAGCUCCAUCAGUGCGGUGGACCACGCCGGCCUGCACGCCACGCUGCUCUCUCAGGAGGAGAGUGUGGACGGCUCUGGGGGGAACAUGUCGCUGUCGUUGAGCGGCUCUAAUCUGUACGAAGCAGCUCGACUCUCAGGAGGCUCCAGUGUCAUCGAGAACCUGCAGUCACAGCUGAAGCUCAGGGACGGGGAGAUCACACAGCUACAGAUGGAGAUUUCGGGUCUGGAGCGCAGUCGUUCAGUGAUGGCUGAAGAACUCGUGCGACUCACGAAUCAGAACGACGAGACGGAGGAGAAGGUGAAGGAGAUCCCACAGCUCCGCCUCCUCCUGAAGGACCUGGAGCAGCGGCACAACACCAUUCUACAGAUGUACGGAGAGAAAGCAGAAGAGGCUCAGGAGCUGAGGCUGGACCUGGAGGACGUGAAGAACAUGUACAAAACUCAAAUCAACGAACUUCUACGAAACCAAAAAUAA